AUGGAGGAGGAUGAGAUUCAAGCACAGGCAGCAUGUAAGUUCCCUAGGGUUGGAAAUGGAAGGAGCGACCAAUAUCAAGAGGAGGAAGAAGAAGGAGACAUAAGAAGAAGAGGUAUUGGUGGUGGAGGAGGAGGAGGAGGAAGUGAAGCUAGCACAAACCAUUUCCAAAGUAGUUGGCACCACUCUUCGAGAAUCAUAAGGGUGUCUCGAGCAUCUGGUGGCAAAGACAGGCACAGCAAGGUGAUGACCUCAAAGGGGUUAAGAGACAGAAGGGUUAGACUCUCUGUGACCACAGCCAUUCAGUUCUAUGACCUUCAAGAUCGCUUGGGCUAUGACCAACCUAGUAAGGCUGUGGAGUGGUUAAUCCAAGCUGCUUCAGAUGCUAUCUCAGAGCUUCCUUCUCUCAACAACCCCUUCCCUGAUACCCCUAAGCAGCCAAGUGAUGAGAAAAGGCCAACUAGUGGUCAGCGUGGUGGUCAAUCACAGGCCUUUGAUGAUGCAGAUGGAGACACCAAUUUCCUCCAGCAAAGCCAGAACCUCUCUCUCUCCAAAUCUGCUUGUAGCAGCACUUCCGAGACAAGCAAAGGGUCUGGCUUGUCCCUCUCAAGGUCUGAGAUCCGUGUGAACCGUGUGAAGGCAAGGGAGAGGGCAAGGGAGAGAGCAGCAAAAGAGAAGGGGAAAGAUAAAGACAAGGAGAAAGAGAAAGAGAAAGAGAAAGAGAACGAUUCUGGCAUUGCACAUCACCACCACCACCACCACCACCAACACAAUAUGUCUCACACUGCUUCCUUCACUGAGCUUCUCACCGGUGGGAUUGGGAGCACAGUAACAGUUAAUCCCACCACUGCAGCAAGUCCUAAUGGAUCAUCAGUUCAUCAGAUCCAUGAGGGCCAUGAUGAGGCCAACCUAUUCAACAAGGGAAGACAACAACAACAUUGGUCUUCACUAGUGACACCUAUGGACUACUUAAGCUCAGGAGGCCUCUUGGUGGGGCCUUCUUCAUCAUCUGCAAGAACUCAACAACAACACCAACACCAACACCAACACCAAUCUUCUUCAGGACAGUUCCAACUUGGACAUGCCCUUCCCAUCUCACCAUUCAGUGGAGAAAAUCACUCGGAUCAGCUGCAGCAUUUUUCCUUCAUGCGAGACCACCUUAACAUGCCAGCUGUGGUCACUUCUUCUUCUUCUGCUUCUCAGCCCAGCGGGGGUGACAAUUACAACCUCAGCUUCAGCAUCUCUUCGGGCCUUGCUGGUUACAAUAGGGGGACCCUUCAGUCCAAUUCUCCGUCCUUUUUGCCUCACCUCCAGAGGUUUCAACCUUUAGACGGAUCAUCCAAUCUACCUUUCUUUAUCGGAGCUCCUGCUCCUUCUUCUGCUCCUCCAACCAUUGACAACAACAAUAAUAACCACCACCACCACCUUCAGUUCUCUCCCGUCUUCGAUGGCCGCUUGCAACUUUGCUAUGGCGAUGGAACAAGGCAUUCUGACCACAAGGGCAAGGGAAAGAACUAA